UCUGAUUGCCUAGCAACAGUUUCAGUCGCGUACACGCGAUGUAAACUUGGGCAUGCGAAGGAAAAAAAAGAGGUAAUUGUGCAUUGAUCUGUCGUGGUGCAGAUAAUAAAUCAUUUAGGGGAAUAAAGAAAACUUCCUUGAACUCCGAAAAAAGAUGCACAAGCUGGAUGGUCCAGUGGAUCUGAAAGAGGCGGCUAUAAUUGCACGAAGAAGAGAUGUGGAAGUUCAGAGGAAAAACAGAGUUUUUAAUACCAGAGUCAGGACAAUUGGGAUUGAUCAGCAGGCAUUGGAUGCUCAAGUCCAAGAUAGGAAACUUCAGGAAGGGACAGAGGCUAGUAAACAUGCUGCCUAUGCGAAAGAUUUGAUCCGACAUGACCAAACAAUGUGCCUUCUUGAUGAGCGAUACAAACAUGAUAUGAUUAACUUAAACAAGGCUAUUUCUGAAUUUCGUCUGGCCUAUCAGAAGCCUGAAACACGCCGUGAGUUUGAUCUGAAUGAUCCACAGGCUUUAAAAAAGGAUGUCCCAGCCCGAAUUUCAGACAAUGAUCCUCGUUGUACAGUGUCUAGCAUUCAGAUGUUUACUGGUGAAGACUUAAAUCGGCAAGAAAGGAUUAGGCGUCAACAAGAACAAAUCCGGGAAUGGUCGUUUGAACAGCAGCAAGAACUAAAGAAUGCUUUGGAAGAGCAGAAGCUUGCAGAUAAAUUCUAUGAUAAGAAUAGGACAGCUUUGGACCGAAGAGUUUGUGAAUUGCAACAAAUGGAAGAAGACACUAGGAGAGCUGUUACUGUAGCAACAAAGGAUUUCAAUAGGGCACAGGCAACUGAAAAGGCUACAAGGCAAAAGCUGGAAGAACAAAAUGUGCAAGAAGAUAAUUUAAUUGAAAUUGAAAACCACCUACACAGUGAUUUGCUAACGGAAAAUCCAAAACAGGCAUUAAGUGCAUUUGGACCAAAUCGUGUAAUUGUAGAUCGUUGGAAAGGAAUGACACAAGAUCAAGUGGAUGAUAUCAUUCAAAAACAGAAACAGCAAGUCCAGGAGAGAAAGAGACUGGAGGAAGAGGAACGUCAGCGUAAUGCGGAAUGGGACAGGCUACGGAUCAAUGAUGCCCGAGCCUCUGUGCUUCUUGAACGGCACCAACAGCGAGUACAGCGGCAGCUACGGAAAGAAAUGGAUUGUCAGAACAUGCUACUAUGUAAGAACCACAAAGAACGGGAGAGAUUUCUCAAAAAUGAGGUCUAUGUGAAUGUUCCAACUGCCAAAUACUUUGAUCAGUUCAACACAACCAGCCGCUAAGAUGGAUAAGUUUGACUUCUGCUACACCCUUACGUUUUUGAAGUAUUUAUGUAGAUUUUUUCACAUAAAUCAUACUUUCCUAUUGAAAAAAUCGUCAAGAAAACAAUGUUUUGUUAAAUAUUUAAUGACUGUAGAAGAAUUAAAAAAGCAGAAGGGUAGCAAUUUUUAUCUUUGAAUGAUUUGUUAUAUUAACCAGAGAUAACUGAAAAAAUGAAGGGCUAAUGUAAUUUUGUUCUUUUACAAAUGAUGUUUUGAACCCUUUAAUACUUCAAAUAAAAACAUUUUAAUUUAACUUAUGGAAAUCAAAUCUUCCAUGGUAUAAGAACAAUAGUGAUCUGGUCUGUAAUUUGGCAGUCAGAUGAUGCUAAACAGCUGCCUCCGCCCAACUGUCUCAUAAUGAAAUCUACAGUUAACAGAUUACAACUGAGAUUAACUAAUUAGUCUCUAGCUUUACGUCUUUUCUCUAAAGUAUUUACAAAAGAGAUUAAGAAUUGAAUAGAAACAUAAUUUUUGUUUAUUUCAACUACUUUGGUAGUUAAAAAUAAUUGUACCUAAAAUGUCUGCUCCCUAGUAGAAUAACAAUAAAUGGAGAAAUUUUACAAUAUAUGAAGGACUAAAAAAAUCCUCGUGUCAUGUGGCGAGACAGCAUACUUUCCAUUCUGGCAUACACUGCAAUUCUUCUGUCGCGGUGCAAUGUGGAAAAUUUUAGAAGUGUAAAACCUACGUAACUCAACAGCAAGGCAGAUGUAAGCAACAUAUCUGCAUUUUCAAAUAAGAGAAUGAACAUAUGUGAAAUACUCAAUUAUUUGUUAUUCUGUUAGAGUUUCUAGAAUUUCCCUUUAAUUCCCUUGCUAAAUACAUUGGCAAUAAUUCAUGCAUAUUCCAUUACAAAGGAGUAGUACUGCUUGUAUAAACUUGAAAAGCUUUGCUGAUUCUUGUCAGAGCUGAUAAGUGUCCCUGGCACAUGAAGUAAUCCUUCAUUUAUCUCACCAGUAAUUUUUUAAAUGCUUGUUUCUGUUAUAACAUAAACAUAUUCCUUUCUUUGUACUCUCACUAGAUAUGUUCACAAACCUCUGUUUCUAACUCCAUAAUCUUUGGUUAAUUCUUAAAUUUUGUCUGCAACCCAUUAGUACAGUAUUUUCUUAUCUUUUCUAGUUCCAGUAUAGGACCUAUGGCUCCUAUAGUGAUUUCCAAUCUCAGAUCAAACAUGAGAAACAAUACUGUCCAUUGACUAUCAGUGUCAUCCAUUUAAUUAUUUGUAAACUGUCUGUGGUAUUUGUGAUUGCGUUCAGGUAAUUUAAUAUUUUCUCACACUUUCUCCAUUAGACAAGAAUGUGGCUGCAUGCAUCAUCUGUAUCUUUUUAUGUGGUUAAUCGCCUUUUGUUUCUGUAUUUCUUGUGAGCUUGUUUUAAUCACCAAAAUUACAUGUAAUUUUGUGCAUUCUGGUAUCUUGCCACAAUACCAAAAUGCACCAUUACGAAUCAGAAUUUUUGCAUUAUGAGCUUCAGCAAUUAUUCAGGGCAGUAGUUGAUGCAUUACAGCUUUAGUUUAAGAAUGAAAAGUUCUGGACAGACUGUCAAAUAUGUCUUUGCUUAUAAGUGCAAAACCAGUUCAAUUAUCAUCUUUAGGUUAUACUCAUAUACAUAUAGCAUGGUAGUGUAGUUGUUAACACAACACUUUACAGUACCACCAACCUAGUAUCAAUUCUGCUGGGAACCCCUGGAUGAAAGUUACGUGGUCAUGGGGAGAAUGUACAAACUUCUUGCAGACAGCAGUGUCAAUAGAGUCACGUGUGGAGGUGAGCAUAGCAUAAAAAUGUUAAUGCACUUGUUUUGCACUUAUAAACAAAGAUGUAUUUCAUGGUCUGUCUAGAACACCUUUUUGUCUGGAAGAUUACAGCUCAAAUUCUCCCAUUCCCUUUAAUUGCUUUCCAGUGUUUGCUAACCUAACAGUCUAUUAUUUAUCCAUCAGCCAUUCUUGAAUCCACUUUAAUAAGUUGAGUAAUUCCUUGUUCAGAAUUUAUAUGCACGUUAUGGGCAUUUGUAGGGAGUACACUUCAAUAAAUGAUCCAGUUUAUAUUGUUUGAUUGCAGUCCCAUGAGGUUCAAAUCUAAUUGCCAAAUUGAGACCUUUGGGGCAGACACAGCUUAGCAUGGAAAAUUUGUUAGGAUAGCAUUGCCAUCGUAAUGUAUAUUAGUGCAUAUUUGACUUUUCUGAAAAGUAUUAAAUUUUUUGAAAUUAUUUAAGUUUUUUGUGGGGGAGAAUUUAGUGGGUGUAUUUUCUGUCUCUUUGCUCCACAGUCCAAUUUAGUAGGUGACAUUAAUGCACCUUGUGUUGGUCUGCCAACCGCCAUUAAAUUUUACAAGAUGAAGAAGAAGAAGAAGAAUCCACUUUCUCUCAGUUCUGCACUUUCGUAUUGGGUACUCUCUUCAAUUCAGAGCUCCUGUGCAAUGUAAUCUAGAGCUGAUCAAGAUAAACCUGCCAAAGGGUUUUGGCCCCAAGCAUCAACUGUACUCUUCCUAGAUGCUGCCUGGCCUGCUGAGUUCUUCCAGCAUUUUGUGUGUGUUGCCAAGAUAAAUCUAAUUAUUAUGAACAUUGUGUGACAUUCCAAAAAAUAUAAUGCCUUUUUAGGAGCAUCAUAUGUUUACUUUUCAGUUUCUGAUGUUCAAGCAUGGGUGGAGCAUGGAGAAAAGUGGAAGUAAAGACAGACAAUGGAUUUUUAUCUCAUGAAG